ACGCUAGGUAAACAGUCUGGAACGUACCCUGGGAGAGUCAGAAGUACAUCCGGUGUUGGAGGAUCUGUGUUGGCUCUUGGAAGGCGGGUAAGAAGAGCGGAGGGUGUCUCCCACAGACUGGCACCAUGAACGUAUUUGAUCGGAAGAUCAACUUUGAUGUACUCUUUAAAUUUUCCCACAUAACCCCCUCGACACAGCAGCACCUGAAGAAGGUCUAUGCCAGUUUUGCCCUCUGUAUGUUUGUGGCGGCUGCGGGGGCCUAUGUCCAUGUGGUCACUCAUUUCAUUCAGGCUGGCCUGCUGUCUGCCCUUGGCUCCCUGGGGUUGAUGAUUUGGCUGAUGGCAACACCUCAUAGCCGUGAAACUGAGCAGAAAAGACUGGGACUGCUUGCUGGCUUUGCUUUCCUUACAGGAGUUGGCCUGGGUCCGGCCCUGGAAUUGUGUAUUGCCAUCAACCCCAGUAUCCUUCCCACUGCCUUCAUGGGUACAGCAAUGAUCUUCACUUGCUUCACCCUGAGUGCACUCUAUGCCAGGCGUCGUAGCUACCUCUUCCUAGGGGGAACCUUGAUGUCAGCCAUGAGCCUGAUGCUCCUGUCUUCCCUGGGGAACCUUUUCUUUGGAUCCAUUUGGCUUUUCCAGGCAAACCUGUAUGUAGGGCUGGUGGUCAUGUGUGGUUUUGUCCUUUUUGAUACUCAACUCAUUAUUGAAAAGGCUGAAAAUGGAGAUAAGGAUUAUAUCUGGCACUGCAUUGAUCUCUUCCUGGAUUUUGUUACUCUAUUCCGAAAACUCAUGAUGAUCCUGGCUAUGAAUGAGAAGGACAAGAAAAAAGAGAAGAAAUGAAAUGACCACCUAGCCUUUCCCAAUUUGACUUCCUCUUCCUCCACCCUUCAUUUCCUCUUUGCACACAUUACAGGUGGCGUGUUCUGUGAUAAUGAAAAGCAUCAGAAAAGCUUUUGUACUUUGUGGUUUUCUCUAUUUUGAAUUUUUUGAUCAAAAAACUGAUUAGCAGAAUAUAGUUUGGAGUUUGGCUUCAUAUUCUGGGAUUAGUCUCCAUUUCCUCUUCUGUCAACCCCAUCCCUAGCCUCUUCCUGGCUCAGGCAGCCAGUCCACCAUGAGGAAUGGGACCAGCAGAGGGAACAGCCUCCAGGAGUCUGCCUUGUUGACUGAGCUUCACCAGGUGGACCUGAACUGUUGGGUGGAUAACCACUCUGCUCUUCCUUCUGCAGCGUUCUUUGCUUGUGCGCAGUGCCAGUGGGACUGGGCAGUGUGUUUUCCGUUGGAAAGAAGUUUGCUGGUCCUGCUGUUACUCAAGCUCAUUAUAUCUGAGCUUCUGCCAACCCCUACCAAGAAAAUGAAGAGCCUAUACUGGUGUGGAUGCUUUGCUUCCUCUGAGCUGCCCAAGUUGCUGCUUGCCUGGCAAAUGUAUCUUUAUGCCUUGCCAUCACAGAAGGAACAAGAUUUGCUUGUGUUCCCUUUCCCACCCCUUGCCUGACCCUCAGGGAAUCUGCCUGCUUUCCAUCCAUGGGGGUGGGAGGAUUUCAGCACAAAGGGAAGACUCUGCUUCUUGUCAGGCAUUUAUGAAAAGGCUGAUUAUAUAUGGCAAGGUAUAGCAUAGACUUUCCAAACUUACCCUGGUCUAUUUUUUUUAAUGGGUCACCUUACUGCAUGGCCUCCACCUGGUGGCUGUGAUUGAAGACCCCAAGAGAGGAAGGGUGGGGAAGGGGUAUGGUUGCUCCUCUGGCUAAUUGUAACGAAUCCUGCCAGAGGGAUACAUAACAACUUAUUUGGGAUGGGGGGAAUAAAUCUCUACCAGUUGAGUGGCUCUUUGUUCAGAUAAUAGAAUGGGGCUGUGAUGACUGGGAGGCAGCAUCCCUCACAGUUCUUCGUUAGGUUUUUGUCCCCUUCUGGGUCAGGCCAGAGAUUUGAGGCAGUUGGUAGAUGUUUGUUUUACAGACGCACUUUAGUUUUUGGUCUGUUCACUUGCUUCCAGAAAUCUGCAGCUGCCUUCCAGGCAGGUACCAGGUAACCAAGUUUCCUGCAGCUUUGUGGUGGUGAGCGUGGAUGGACAGUGCUAAUGAGAGCAGCAGUCCCUCAGUGUGAUGCCACAGUCAUCUGGCACAAACGGCAGUGAUGGGAGCAGCUGUGGCUCUGGCUACUCACAGGGCUUCAAUGUAAGGGGGACCAGGCCAUUGAAAACAGUAAAUAGCAUUUUUGGCUCUCCCUGGUCACAACCAGUGUGGUUUGAAAUCGUGGGUGCUGGUUCAGUGAGUGUAUGAUGCCACUGUGCCAUCCUAUGGAGCUCUUUGUUCCCAGGCUGUGUAUAUUCCUGGGGUGGGUGCUGCCCAGAAUGGCUCACCUCCACAGAGGAUACCAUCCUCUGAUACAGGUGCUGCCUCCAUCCUCUGGCUUGAGAACUUAGUAAAGGGACUUCUUCCUAUUAAGCCCCCAAUAGCAGCAAUCCAUAAAUUUGGUGAUUCUCUGCCGGGCCUGAGAAUCUUGUUAAAUCUCCUGAAGCCAAACUCCACCUCUUGUGCUUUUUUGCUUGGGAUAAAGGAGUUUUUCUUUAGAAACAGUGCCAAGAAUGACAAGAUAUAAAAACAAAACAAAAAACUACUUUUAAAGAAAAUGCCUAACAGGUUUUUAAUACAGUAAUCACUAUAAUAUCACUUUCUUUUCUAGUUCCUUGGUUUUCAGCUCAGGCUGCAUUCUCUAACUCAUACUGUGAAGACAAAGGUGUUUUUGAUUCAGAAAUAUAAGAAAACUACAUAGUCUUAAUUUGUAAAAAAUAAAGAAAAUUCCUUAACCUUU